GUUAGGCCAGACGCCGCGAUGAUGUUCAUCUAACUGCGAUGUAUCUUCACUUGGCCAACAACCCUCGCGCUCUCUACCUCAUUACUAGCUCACAAGAUUUUCCUGAUAAGGCUCUCGUCUUUCGUGCCGAUGAACACAACCCUAGCCAAGCUGUCGUCGAAUUUCUGCCCAAGGAUGAAGUCGAUCUCUCGAGCACAGUCCGUUUAACGAGUAGAACGGUGAAGGGUUGCCUUGGGCUCAUAGCGGUAGAAAAUGACAUAUUCUUGGCUUUGGUGACCAGUGCCACAGAGAUCGGCAACACCAGACCAUCGAGUUCAGCUCCAGAAUUCGUUGCUCGAAUACACGAAGUUUCAUUUUAUAGUCUAACCUCCUCGACAUGGGAUGAUCUUUCAAUAGGAUCAGAUUCGCUGACCCACCCUGAUUCCCUUGAUACUGCCUUGCGGGAUAACUAUGCCCCGCAGCCUUAUGAACACCCUUGUGCUCCAUUGACUAAAAUCUUGUCUUCUGGCACCUUUUAUUACGCAUCAAACACUCAUUGGGACCUAUCCUCGAGGCUCUCUCGACGUCUGACUCGUAACGAGAAAGCGAAUAAAGAUUUCGGUACUUUUGAUGAGCGAUUUGUUUGGAAUGAGUAUAUUGUUCGAAGUUUGUUGGAUUUGAGAGAGCGUUUGGAACAACAUGAACGCGAUGAUCUAGAUCAAUGUCAAUUCCUGAUCCUGGCUAUCCAAGGCUACGUGGGGGUCUUUACUACCGGGCUACCCUCGCCGCCUAUAAAUGCAGUGCCGGUAGUCGCGACGCUCUCCUUGAUUUCUCGCCUUGGUUGGAAGAGAGCAGGUACACGUUUCAAUACGCGGGGUGUAGAUGACGAUGGUAACUGCGCCAAUUUUGUCGAGUCCGAGACGAUAUUUAGCACCGAUCAGCAUAGCGUUAGUUCUGUACAAGUUCGCGGCAGCGUUCCAUUGUUUUGGGAGCAGCAGGGCAUUCAAACCUUUGGGCAGCGCAUUCAGAUAACGAGACCUCAUGCGUCGCAGCCGGCCUUCGAACGUCACUUCACUCAGCUUACCGAGGAAUAUGGUGCUGUUCAUGCCAUAAACCUUUUGGGAUCUAAAGAAAACGAGGCCAUUUUGGCGACAGCCUACCAGCGUCACCUCCAGAUUGCACGAUCUGGGAUUGAUGGUACUCUGGAUAUCACACAUUUCGAUUUCCACAAUCAAGUUAGAAUCGGAGGGCACGACAGUGUCUUGCGCGAAUUAAGGCGAAUGGAAGUCAUAGUAGAUCAUAUCGACAAAUUUGGUUUCACGACCUGUGAUGCAAGUACAGACGAUCUGGUAACAGACCAAAGAGGCGUCUUUCGGACGAAUUGUUUAGACUGUCUGGACCGCACCAAUUUCGUCCAAGAUAUUCUUUCCCGACUUACCUUAGAGCAAUAUAUGCUGUUAGUUCAUCGGGAAUGGAUACACUACCAUCCACUUUGGACGCAUCACCGCGAGCUUUGGGCGGAGAAUGGUGAUGCUCUAUCCAGAAUAUACGCAGGCACAGGAGCGUUGAAUACCAGUUUCACUCGUAGCGGUAAACGGACACUUGCCGGUGUUAUUUCGGACGCCACAAAGAGUGUUUCUCGAGCGUACAUCAAUAAUUUCCAAGACAAAAGCAAACAGAUUGCCAUUGAUAUGUUUCUGGGAAAUAUGAGUGCUCAACGUCAAGUCACUAUAUUUGACCCUGUUCAUGACUCCGUACGGACGGCUUUGGAACAACGAAUCAACGAAUAUUCUUCGACGAAACCGUGCAUAAUAUACGUUGGAUCCUGGAAUUUGAAUGGCCGGCUGCCCGCUUCGGAGUCAUUGCUUCCGUGGCUUUAUCCUCCAAACUGUCGCGACCCGGAUUUAUUCGUACUGGGUUUCCAAGAAAUAGUACCUCUCACUGCGCAGCAAAUCGUUCAGGCAGAUCCAGAAAGGCGUCGGAUUUGGGAAACCAAAAUUCUGGAAACUCUAGACCGUAGGCCAAACAAAAAGUGCGAUUACGUGCUGCUUAGAAGUGAACAACUGGUUGGAACUGCUCUUUUAAUCCUCGUUCAAUCGGAAUUAGCGCCGGUUAUCAGAAACGUGGAGGCCGCUACUAAAAAGACGGGUCUUCGUGGCAUGUCAGGGAACAAAGGCGCUGUAGGAAUCAGACUAGAUUAUCAUGAUACCAACUUCUGUUUCGUUACAGCUCACCUCGCCGCUGGUCACUCGAAUGUAGAAGAGAGGAACGCUGACUACUAUACCAUAGUCAGUGGACUGCAUUUUUUGAAGGGGAAAACAAUUGACAGCCAUGAAAACAUCGUAUGGCUCGCGGAUACCAAUUAUCGCAUUAAUCUCGAUAAUGAAACCGUACGAUCUUGCGCUGAAAACAAUGAUCUCGACGCCUUAAUUGUGGCAGACCAGCUCAAGCAAGUCAUAGAUGCUGGACUGGCAUUUGGUAGAUAUGAGGAAGGACCUCUACUGUUUCGGCCGACAUAUCGUUACGACUUGGGGACAAACAUCUACGAUACAAGCGAGAAAAUGAGGAUUCCAGCCUGGACCGACCGAAUCUUGUAUCGUGGUCGUGUGCUCGAGCUAUCUAGCUACUCGAGAGCGGAGCUACUAGGUUCAGAUCAUAAACCAGUAUAUGCUAUUUUGCGGGCGGAUAUACGCAUCAUUGACAAAGCCAAACGUGCCGCGUUGUCACGAUUGCUACUCGACAGCCUUCUAUCCGUGGCGCCGGGCGAAAAGGUGGAGGACAAGUUAGCGGCUCUUAUGUUGCCAGUAGAUUUUGAUGCUCUACCACCUCCAAGUACCGAUAAUUCAGCUUGGUGGGAUAAUGAUGCUCUUCCACGAGGAGUGGUACCUGUAUCUCAAAUCAACUCCUCAGUCCGAUACCACCAUAGGAAUCCCUUCGACUCACCUCUAGAUUCGCCUCUUUCCUCCUCGCCGACGUCCUCCGAUGAAGAGCUUUAUACCCAUGCGCAGUCGCUCCCACCGGCCAUGACACCCUCAGUGAUACGCAAAGUACCGCCCCCUCCUCCGCCGCGACCUAAAGUUUCGGUUGUACCAGGUAAUGAAUAGAUCCUCAAUUCGCAAAUUUCCGAUUCAC